AUGUCACCCCCUCCAUCCUGCGACAUCCUCGUGAUAGGCAGUGGCAACGCAGGCUUCUCGGCCGCCCUCUCCGCAGCCCAAGCAAACCCCAAAGCUAACGUGAUAAUCAUCGACAAAUGCCCCUCAGCCUGGGCAGGAGGAAAUAGCUACUUCACCGCAGGAGCCUUCCGCACUGCACACAAUGGCCUCAACGAUCUCCUCCCACUAGUCAACAACGCCAGUCCCGAAAAAGCGAAUCGAAUCGACAUGCCACUCUACUCCGAAUCAGACUUCAUGCACGACCUCCAGCGCAUGACGAAUGGCCGUACGGAUCGAGCUCUCUCGAAGAUCCUCGUUCAAGACUCACGCAGUACAAUUGGCUGGCUUGCAAAGAAUGGCAUUCGUUUCCAAUUAUCCUUCAACCGCCAAGCCUACGAAGUAGAUAAUCGCAUCAAGUUCUGGGGCGGACUGGCGUUGAAAACGGAAAAUGGCGGCAAAGGGCUUAUUGAAGACCAUCUGCGUGCUGCGAAGACGAAUGGUAUUAGCGUGUACUUCGACACGGCCGUGACGAAGCUGCUCACAGGCCCGCAAUCUGAAGCCAUCACCGGCGUCGAAGUCAUCCACCGUGCAGUCAACAAUUGCAACAAGAACUCCCAGUUCCCAGGUCAAAAGACUACUAUCCAAGCAAAGGCCGUCAUCCUCGCAGCCGGUGGCUUCGAAGCAAACCCUCAACUACGCGCGCAAUACCUCGGACCAGGCUGGGACGCAGCCCGCGUUCGAGGAACCCCGUAUAAUACGGGUGAUCUGCUCCAAAUUGCACAGCGAGACGUCUCUGCAAAGACAGUGGGCAAUUGGUCUGGCUGCCACAGUGUAGCAUGGGACUCCGAUGCCCCGGCGCACGCGGGAGAUAGAGGGGUUUCGAACGAGUUCACGAAAUCAGGAUACCCGCUCGGGAUUAUGGUGAAUCGGAAUGGCGAACGAUUCGUCGAUGAAGGGUCCGACAUGCGGAAUUACACGUAUGCGAUGAUCGGACGGCGGAUCUUGCAGCAGCCUUCCCAGGUCGCGUUUCAAGUUUGGGAUGCGCGGACGACGCCUUGGCUUCGGUCGGAGGAGUAUAGGGCUUCUGUGACGAGGCAUUUGACCGGGGAUACGCUGGAGGAAUUAGCGGAUCGGUGUGUUGACGCGGGAUUAACUGGUCGAGAGACGUUUUUGAGGACAUUGUCUGAGUAUAAUGCGGCUGUGAGGCCGGGGCACUGGGAUCCAGCGGUCAAAGAUGGAUUGGCGACGCAGGGCUUGGCGGUGUCGAAAUCGAAUUGGGCGCUGCCGAUUGAUCGUGCUCCUUUCCUCGCUGUCAAGGUCACGGCGGGCAUUACGUUUACGUUUGGAGGGUUGGCUGUGAAUCCUGAGACGGCUGCUGUUGUGUCGGAGACGACGGGUCAAGAGGUUCCGGGUUUGUAUUGUGUUGGGGAGAUGCUGGGUGGACUCUUCCAUGAUAAUUAUCCUGGUGGUAGUGGAUUGACCUCUGGUGCGGUGUUUGGAAGACGUGCUGGACGAGCAGCGGCGGAGACUUUGGCUUCUGAUAGAGCUGCCAGGCUGUAA